AUGUACGCGGACUACCAGACUUCUCCGCAGGACGAGUUUGGGAGACAACUACGUAUCACAGAUACAGCCAUCAAGACUGUUCAGCUUGCAAUCAAGCAAUUGGAGCAAACCGUUCAGUCGGAACAUGAUGACGACAAACAGUGCCAGUUGGAGUAUCUAAAAGGCUUCGUCGCAGGCUACGGGAAGGGCAAGCUCAUGUUGAAGAUCAAAGAUGCCACGAUCGAUCACAAGUACCAGGAGUUGACGCUCGCUCCCGGUCAAAACGGGGUGGACGAAGAAGCCACGCUGCAGGUGCUAGAUGACGUUUACAACAAGAUGACCAAGUUCCUUCGUGUGUAUGAGACUGCGAGCCAGGAACUCUUGAGGGUUCCAGCAACUUGGUUUUCGUCUCAAGUCUACGUGACGGUAACCAACAACCUAAAAGCUGUUGGCUUGGUUGCCACAGCUUCGGCAUUCGUCGCUGGUUUUUUCCGCCUCUUUCAUUGCUGCUUUAGCCACGUAUGCCACCCUGCAGUAACAGCUGGACGCGUUGCCUUGUGCGGCGGUGCGGUGGGUGGCGGCAUAAUGUUCUUUCUUGUGGUUGGUUACGGCCUCUAUGAGACCUACAAGUAUCGUUCCCAGCAUGAUGAAGCGCAAUCAGAGUUGCAGAAAAUCGAGGAGAUGGUGGAGACCCUUAAGCGACUUCCCGACACAGAUUUCCUGCGACAGCUCGACGAAAUCAUAGUGACUCACUCCCAGGUGACGGGCUGCAUUCCUCCAGAAGCAGAUCGGAAGUGUCUCAUUUGCUUGGAAGAUGGUGCGUCUGUGGUCAACCCCAUCAAAGCUCAAAGAUGCGGGGGUCACCACUACGCAUGUGCAGCAUGCUGGGAGGAGUACGUUCGGACAAGCCCUUUGGGCCCUGUGUGCCCCGUGUGCAGAAUUUAG